UUUUGCCAAAUGUAUAUGUUGAUUUAGUUGAUCAUGUAAAAUCUUUUUUGUUAAAAAACUAUAUGUUCAAGGUACGUCAGUUUACAUGUAAUCGAUGGCUAAUUUAUAAGUAUAGCUUAAAAAUGAUUUGUGUUUGAAGGUAUAUCUUGACCAAUCUGAAAUUCGUGUAACUUUUAAAUACAAAAGGAAUAAAAAUAAUAAGAAAGAAGAAAUAAACUCAUCUUUAAAAAUUAGGGCUCUAGAGAAUUCCUAGUAGAGCCCCGCCCAGCUGACAUUCGAAACAAUCUGCCCCUUUUACGGAAAUCAAACUGAAACCCUGGACCUGGAGCAACUCUUUCUUCUUCCGCCGUUCCCUGUCAGAGUCUGAUGGUAGUCCAACGGGAAGUCCACAGUCUACCAUUUCAACAUCGACCGAAAUUUUACUUACCUUCCUAAUAAAAUGAAAGAAAAAUCACAACACAUGCUAUCAAUAGAUUAUUUUAGCUAAUUGUACAUGAGGACUGUAUAUAGGCAGUGAAUUAUAACUGUAUAUAUAAAAUUCACUUGCUUUAUAAUCGGCAUUGCAAGUCCAAUCUGAUCAAACUGAAGUCUAAACUUCAACUCCCGAAAUUGUCUCCCCACCUCCCAAUAAUCACCAAACAACUAGAGGAAGAGGAUGUUGUUUGAAUUUGAGUCCUACGAAUUUCUGUGUCUCUUACAGACCCUUUCCAACCUUAGCCUAAAAUGGUUUCCUUCUCACAUUGUUACUUUAUCAAUCACCUCAUGCACCGCCUGCUCUUAACGGGGCAUUCCCGGUGACCUCCAAAACAACCAUAGCCGGCACUUCGCCGAGCCUUCUUGCUUGUUACCAUAAUAGGCUGACAGGCCGGUAAUCAAAGCCAAGAAAAUAAACAUUUCUAUUCACGUUGUUGAUAGAAAUGUCAGCAAGGCGAUCGGGAAUGAGAAUUCCCUGGAUUGCUCUUGUCCUGUUUUCUUGCAGCUUUCAGAUAUGUAUAGCUCAAGACUAUGUUGAUUCUUCCAAGACCCUGGAGACACCGCCCCCUGAAAUAGAGCGUUGCAAUGGAAUCUUUGCAUCGUAUGUUUUCCAGGGGAGAGAAAAAGAGUACCCAUUUGUUAAAAACGUGUCAGCUCAGGCGUGGUCGUUCAAGGCAAUAGCCACGGUUCUGAACACGGGGUCGCAAGAGCUGAAAUCCUGGAAGUUAUUCAUAGGGUUUCAGCAUCGUGAGCUAUUGGUUUCGGCAGAAGGGGCUGUGGUUGUUGAUGGGGAUGAGUUUCCCAUCCGGGUCGGGAAUAACGGGACGGUCUUGGCAGGGUAUCCUCAGGCUGAUCUGAAAACUGCAAUCGACACGGCUGCUGAUUUUACUCAGAUGCAAGUUCAGAUAAACCUGAAAGGAUCACAGUUCGGGGUCAGUGCCAAACAGACCCCCAUGCCUAAGACGAUCAAGAUUGCCAAUGCUGGCUAUAAAUGUCCAACAAUCACACGUAAAGGUGGUUACAUGCAUACCUGCUGCAAAAAGGAUCCAAAACACAAAGAAAAGAUAAUUAAGACAAAGUUCUACCCUCGCCAAUAUGGUGAUCUUCAUUUAACAUAUGAUGUUCUCCAAGCCUUCGAGAACAAGUAUUUCGCCCAGGUCACUAUUGACAACAACCACCCGCUUGGUCGUCUCGAUCGAUGGAACUUAACUUGGGAGUGGAUGAGGAACGAGUUCAUUAACAACAUGAGAGGCGCCUACACUCACAAAAAGGACCCUUCUGAAUGUAUUUAUGGUCCACAAGGCCAAUACUACAGAGAUUUUGAUUUCUCUACUGUAAUGAGCUGCCAGAAGAAGCCGAUCAUCGCUGACCUACCUCCUGAGAAAGAAAUGGACGACAAGAUCGGAAGGUUGCCUUAUUGCUGCAAGAACGGAAUUUUGUUGCCAAAAACAAUGAACGAGACGAAAUCAAGGGCUAUUUUCCAAUUAGAAGUAUUCAAGCUUCCACCUGAUAUGAAUAGGACAGCACUUAACCCGCCCCAGAAUUGGAAGAUUGUAGGCAGGCUCAACCCGACCUACAAAUGUGGUCCUCCUGUUCGAGUUGAUCCAACAGAGUUUCCCGAUCCCAGUGGAGUCGAUGCAACAAUAUCAGCAAUUGCAAGCUGGCAAGUCACUUGCAACAUGACUAGUCCCAAGCCCCAGCAAGCUAAAUGUUGCGUUUCCUACUCGGCUUACUAUGCUGAUGGAGUUGUUCCUUGCAACACUUGCGCCUGUGGCUGUGAGAACCAGGAGCGUUGCGACAAGAAUGCAUCUCCAUUGCUUCUUCCUUCCGAUGCUCUUCUUGUUCCAUUUGCCAACAGAUCACAGAAAGCACUAGCUUUCGCCAGGCUUAAGCACAAUACUAUACCCAAGAAACUGCCCUGUCCAGACAAUUGUGGGGUGAGCAUCAACUGGCACAUUGAUUCCGACUACAAGAACGGAUGGACCGCAAGAAUGACUCUCUUCAACUGGGAGGAAUUAGCCUUUCCUGAUUGGUUCACUGCCAUUCAGCUGAAGAAGGCCUACGGCGGAUAUUCAAAAGUGCACUCUUUCAAUGCCACAAAGAUGACCAACGUCAAAAACACUAUCUUCAUGAAAGGGCUGCCUGGCUUAAACUACCUGGUGGGAGAGGUAAACGGGACUCACCCUGAAAGGGACCCCAGAAUACCUGGAAAGCAGCAAACAGUGAUAUCAUUUACUAAGAAAGGUGCCCCUGAUAUAGACGUGCUACGGGGCGAUGGAUUCCCUUCAAAAGUGUUCUUCAAUGGGGAGGAAUGCGCUCUCCCAAAACAAUUACCUAAAAGAAGUGAUGCCCAUCGACCUGCUGCUGUUGGUCGGCUUCCACAAGUUUUGCUCUCUCUUCUCACUGUUCUGCUCUUGAUGGUUGGCCUAAACUAAGCCAACUUCCAGGAUUUUGGUUGUCCUCUCCCCCUUACAAGCUUUUGUGAAACUUAUAAAUCUCUGUCAGAAUUCAGUGGAAAUUAUGUUGUACUUACCAAUCUUGUAACCGUUCUGGUUGUGAUUGAGAGGAGGUGCAUGCCCAUCAACAAAAAUUCUUAUGAUAAGUGAUUGUUCAUUUUCUUUAA